CAUAUCUCAAAAUUGGCUCGAAAGGGCUUCAUAUCUCAAAAUUGGCUCGAAAGUGCUUUAUUGGUUGAGCCUCUAGCACGUGGGUUUGGUUUACCUACGAGCAAUCAGCAUUCCUCAAGUCCCACGUCUUCCAGCUUAAGGUCCAGCGUCCUCCCGUAUCCGAAACUUUGGUCGACACCUUCGAAGACCACGGGAGCUCACCCCAAUACUGAAUUUCCAUCAAAAUGUGGAAGCUCGGCCUAGGCGUAUUUGGCGAUGAUGAAGAGCGUGGUCAGAGCUUGCUGGACGAAGAUUCGGAAGAUCUAUGCUCUCUAACUCCUGUACAGAGACUAUACGGGUUUGGAGGCUGCUUGACGGGGGGCGUGGUUUGCAUGAUCGUGUCACUGCUUGUUUUUGCCAAGCCAAUUAAAUUUGCUGCACUCUUUACAUUUGGCAAUGUUCUGGCAGUCGGAAGCACAGCUUUCCUCUUUGGACCUGGGCAACAAAUGCGAAUGAUGUUUGAUUCAGUUCGUAUAUAUGCAACUGCUAUUUAUCUGGGAUGUGUUGUUCUAGCUCUUAUUUGUGCUCUCUUGAUCCACAAUAAGAUCUUGACAGUGAUUGCGAUGACAAGUGAGAUAUGCGCACUUAUAUGGUAUAGUUUGAGCUAUAUUCCAUUUGCCCGGAGGAUGGUCUCUGAAUUGAUGAUCCGAUUUUGUGACACAGAACUAUAGACAAUGAAACAUGCGAUGAUGACUGAUGAUUCAGUCUCUUUAAGAUCUGGGAUUUCCUUUUGUCCUUGUUUUUAUUUUAGUGAGCACAAAACCAGUUGAAGAUUUGUUUUAAUUUUUAUUUUUUAUAUUUAUUUGUUUUUAUUUGUCCACAUAAAUGUAUAAUCCAAAGCCAGUUCAAUGCUUGUGCUAAAUCUUCUAAUGUAACAGCAUUCUUUUCGCAGAA